ACUAAUGCUUGCAGUGGCAUAUGGGCACAUUGAUGCUGUUUCUUUAUUACUUGAAAAAGAAGCAUCUGUAGAUGCAGCUGAUCUCCUGGGAUGCACAGCUUUACAUCGAGGGAUCAUGACAGGGCAUGAAGAAUGUGUUCAGAUGCUGUUAGAGAAAGAAGUCUCUAUUUUGUGUAAAGAUGCCAGAGGCAGGACACCUCUGCACUUUGCAGCAGCCCGGGGUCACGCCACGUGGCUGAGCGAGUUACUGCAGGUGGCACUUUCUGAGGAGGACUGCAGCCUGAAAGACAACCAGGGCUACACACCCCUGCACUGGGCUUGUUACAAUGGGCAUGAAAACUGCAUAGAGGUACUCUUGGAACAAAAACUUUUCCACAAGUUCUAUGGUAAUAGCUUCUCUCCACUGCACUGUGCCGUGUAAGUAAGAAAUCUCCAGUAACAACUGCAUGUUGCUUUAGGAUAUGUCUGCAGAAAGUAGCAGUAUGAGAAUAAAGCAAGCUGUUUUGGAAAUUAUUUGCAUGAGCAAAUGAUUUUAAAGCUGAUCACUUGAAAUACAAUUCCUUGUGGCUGAAACAU